UUUUUCUCACUGACACAUGUGCUGUUCCAGGUUUUUACAGCUAGAAGAAGUUGGCUCCGGUGGCUGGAGCUAUCCUAGUGAUUCGACCAAGGAUCUGGUGCUCCUACUGAGACAUUCUCUGCGGCUGCAGGCUGUGCAUCAGAAAGACAGGAGAGGGUCUGCACCUGCACAGCUACCAAGAGUGACAUCCACUCAUCCAGCAUAAAAUCCCUGACCCUUCGCUUUCCUGAGCUGCUUCCAAGGGAACCAGCUUGGCUUCUGCCCUGCCGUGUAGCCAUGGAGCCAGAAAGAGGCCUGAUCGCAUAUGAAGGGCCGCCUCCAGACUCGACGGACCUGCUGUCGAGCGCGUGGUGCAGCUCGGCUAUCCAAGUUCUUGACACAGGAGGACACAAGGAGUGCUCGAUGGCCCUGGUGGAGCAUCCGGUCAUGGCGCUUGGCAACGACAGGAACGACGUGUUGGCAAAGAGCGACCGUAGCUUGGUGGUUGACAACAGCAGCUUCAGCACGGCCCAGUGGAAAUAUGACGAUCUGAAGUCGUGGAUAUGGCUGCAGAAGGCAAUUCAUCCCGAACUGGACUAUGAUCUCUGCCUCAAGAAGAAAUGGCUCCCGCGCAAGAUGACGGCGUGGAACGGGAUCUCGCUCAAGAAGUGGGUCAAGGAGCGGAAGCAGAAGCGCAAGGAGGAGGCGCGCCUGCAGCGGGCCGAGGUCCACGCCGCCGUGUCCGUGGCCGGCGUGGCGGCCGCGCUCGCCGCCAUCGCCGCCGAGAACGCCGCGCCGCGCCGCGCGCCCGGGAUGAGGGAGACGGCGCUGGCGUCCGCGGCCGCCCUGGUCGCGGCGCAGUGCGCCAGGGUGGCCGAGGCCGCGGGCGCCUCGCGCGACCAGGUCGCGGCGGCCGUCGACGCCGCCAGGGCCUCCACGGACGACAGCAGCGUCAUCACGCUCACCGCGGCCGCCGCCACCUCACUGCGUGGCGCUGCGACGCUGAGAGGACGGCGCAGCGGCAGCGGCGGGCACGGCCAGAACGAGAGGGCGGAGCACGCGGGGCCGGCUCUGUCUCAGGACGACCUCGACUUCGACUUCAACCACGCGAGGUCCAGGGCGGCGCUGGCCAAGGGCGACGAGAUGUUCGUCGCGAUGCCGGACGGGAAGUGGAAGCUCCACACGGUGUCGGCGGCGUCGAACAAGCGCGGCGAGAUCGUGCUGCGGAUCAAGAAGACGAACCUCGUCAUGGCCUUCUCCCACGCAAAAGAAAGCGUGAUCCACGACGUGCAGCCGUGCUCCCCGGAGAAGCCGAGCCCCCACGAGGGCGCGACAUACCCAGUGGAGGUCUCCACGAACAAGGGCAAGGUGGAGCUCCGCACGGACGACUACGGCGUCUACAAGCGGUGGGUUGCGACGCUGAGCCACAUGCUCGUGAUGUCCACCGCCGUCUCCGUCUCCACCAGGCACGAGCCGGCGCGCCGGGACUGACCCACCGGUGCGGCUCUUCCCUCGAAGCAAUGGACCGACCCCACCCAUCACGACGUAAACGAAAACGUUGAUCUGUGUCGAUCCCAUGUGUAUUUAGUACUACUACUGCCCAUGAACUGUAUGAGUAGCAGUAUCAGCACUGCAAGCUGCAACCAAAGAUUCAGAUACUGUUUAAAAUUCUGUAAAUUCGCAUCGUUUUCCUCA